CAAACCGUCCAUGUUCUUCUUCAACCACUUCGUCGAACACACUGUCAUCCCCAACAACAAACAAGACCACACCACCAGCUCCUCCUCCACGUCUUCUUCUUCCUCCUCGUGCACCACCACCUCCUCCGACCCACUCCUCGUUCACUGGACAAAGGACUUCUACGGACGCUUCAUUGUAGAACGGCCCCGCACAACGGUCACAGACUGCCGUCAUCCAAGUCAGGAUGGACCCAAACAGACGAGUAUCCUGUCUGCACUCCGGAACAGGGAGCGCGUUGUGGCGCCGGCAGCCAUUCUGUUCGUCAUGCUCUGGGUGGCCCUCAUAGGGGUCGGACUUGUCGAGGCUGUCAGUUAUCUGUGGGAGAAGUGGGCUGGUUCUGAGGAGCCCGCUGAGAGUGUGGAAGACGAGGAUGUAUGGGAUGAGGUUACGGUUGGUGUUGUGCCGGUGGAGGACAGUGAUGAGGAACGCGGUGGUCUGGGAGAACUCAAGGUGGCUGUUUUUUGAUGGGUUACGCUAUAAAUUAUGAAGUAUCAACAGCGUUGUUGGUUGUCGAUGGCACUAAAAUGAUCUCCAAGUCGUUUAUGAAAUAGGUUAUGGAAACAGUACGAAUCGGUUAUUUCCAAUCAUUGAUUAUUAAGCUUUUCAUCAAAUCAUACAACCAUCAACCCCUUAAGCACGCUGAUCCCGCUCAAGCGCCUCAAAUCCCCCAUGGUGAGACUCAACGUUCUUCUGCCUCGCACCGCCGACCUCAACACCACCCUCAGCAGCGCGACUCUGGAAAGUCCGCUCCGCAGCACGGGAAGGGUCAUUCUGGU